AUGGCACCAGACAGAGGCGCAACUGUUCCCAAGCCUUCCUCUCGUGCUUGGGAUGCACUUACACCCGCGCUCUCAGAAUGGAUCCUGGAUGCGACCGCCUCGAUGCAUUUCUCGAAAAUGACCCCAGUUCAAGCCUCCACAAUCCCUCUCUUCAUGGCUCACAAGGACGUGGUUGUAGAAGCCGUAACAGGCAGUGGAAAGACUUUGGCAUUCCUAAUACCUCUUGUGGAGAGAAUUCUACGAGCAGAAGAGGCCACCAAGAAACAUCACGUCGCAGCAAUAGUCAUUUCACCCACUCGAGAACUUGCUACUCAGAUUCAUGGCGUGCUUACUUCUUUAUUGACAUUUCAUGGUCCUUCUGCUGCUGCUAUGAAUGCUGCCAAGAGAUUGACUGACCCAGAAGAGACUGAAGAGCCUACAGAAGUAUAUCCUGCGACCACACCGAAGGUUCAACCUCAACUAUUGCUUGGUGGUUCAAGUUCAGCAGCACAGGACCUCAGUAAAUUUCUCAAGACCUCCUCAAACGUCCUCAUUGGCACACCUGGUCGUCUUCUCGAAAUACUUUCUUCUCCUUAUGUCUAUGCACCUCAAUCAUCCUUCGAAGUUUUGGUCCUCGAUGAAGCUGAUAGAUUGUUAGAUCUCGGUUUCAAAGAUGACCUUACCAAGAUAUUAUCACUCCUCCCGAAACAGCGACGAACCGGUCUAUUCAGUGCCAGUGUUAGCGAGGCAGUGGAUCAGAUCAUUCGAGUCGGUCUACGAAAUCCUGUACGAAUCGCUGUCAAGGUGAAAGGAGGUAAUGGAGUACAAGACAAGAUGACACCUGCGAGUUUGAAGAUGGCAUACCUGAUUACACCUGCGUCACAGAAAGUGGUUGCAUUGAAAGAGCUUCUGCACAAAGUCGAACCUCGACCUCUACGAACAAUCGUAUACCUCUCUACCUGCGCCGCGGUCGACUACUUUCAGCAUUUGCUCCCUACCAUCCUGCCAACAAAUGUGCUCCUCGUCCCGUUACAUGGAAAGCACCCUUCGAAUGUGCGGGACAAGAACUUCACAAGAUUCGUCAAUGCUGCUUCUCCGGCUGUACUGUUGACUACAGAUGUCGCAGCUCGUGGUCUCGAUGUCCCUCAGGUCGAUCUCGUUGUCCAAGUUGAUCCUCCUUCCGAUCCUAAAGCCUUUAUCCAUCGAUGCGGCCGAGCUGGAAGAGCUGGCAGGAAAGGGCUGGCAAUCAUAUUCCUGCAACCAGGACACGAGGAGGACUACAUACAGUUCUUGGAAGUGCGAAAGACACCAAUCGAGAAGUUGGAGAUGAACCUGCAAGUCAGUGAUGGAGCUGCAAAAGAAAUGACUCAGGCUCUCCAGAAGCUGGUCCUUACAGAUCGUGCCAUCCAUGACAAGGCGCAGAAAGCCUUUGUGAGCUGGGUGAGGAGCUAUAGCAAGCAUCAGGCUUCUUCAAUCUUUCGAAUUGUGGAUCUGGACUGGAAUGAUUUGGUACAAGGAUGGGCAUUGGUGCGAUUCCCGAAAAUGCCAGAGGCGAAAAAGUAUGAUCGCACGCAGAUUGAGGUGCCAAAUGUGGAUUGGGAAGAGUAUGCAUACAAGGAUAAAGCGAGGGAGAAGCAGCGCAGGGAGGCUGUCAACACGGAAGUCGUUGAGAACGUGGACAAGAAGCGAGUGAGCAAUACUGCUUGGAGUGAGAAAGCGGAACAGAAAAGUGCUCGUGAGGUGAAGAGGACGAAGAGGGAGGCCAAGAGAGUAUACCUCAGAGGAACGCAGUUGAACGAGAAAGAGAGAGCGCACGAAGCUGAGACACAACAGAUGAUCGAGCAAGUUCGAAGGCAACAGUUAGCAGCGGCGAGAGAUGUUGACUUUGAAGGAUUCGAUUGA